CUAUCAGAGUUAGGAUUCUUAAAUAUUCAUUUUUAUAUGCAGUCGAUAAAUCUGGUCGCAGAACAUGAUCAGUAAAAAUAAGAAAUAAACAUAUGUCAAGAAUUGAGAUAUUUAUUUUGUAAAUAAUACAAAUUAUUAUAUACCUAUCACCCCAAAUCUGUAAUGCUUUCUGUAAUUGAGGUUCCGUAAAAUAAACUUAAAACUCAUAUAUUCAAUGUUUUCAAAUGUAAGGUUAUAAAAUGCACAUCAAUGGACAUUGUUGAAGUCGUUCAAGAACUUUAAUUGUUUCGUAUAUUUUCUCUGUUACACAAAAAUGGAACGUUAUCAAAUACAGGAGGCAUUUACUGUGUUAAAGCCACUUUGCGAUUCUUUAAUGAAAAAUCCAAAUGUUGAUACUGCACGAAAUGUUGCUAAUGUCGUAACAAAAAUUUCGAAUAAAGUUGUUCAAGAUUUGUUUGAAUAUAUUUUGUUUCCUUUAAUUACGCAUUUACCGAAUGAAAGUUUGAGUAAAGGUACAAAAGAAGAACUGGUAAAAACAACGCAGGCAAUCAUAUCAAGAGCAAAAAUAUCAAACCUAGAAUAUUUCAAUAAAUUGUAUUCGUGUCUUUUGAUACAAAUUUAUGACAGAACCCAACAAAGUAUGGUUAUCACAGGUCAUGAAGAAUUAAAAGAAGCAGUACUCUCGUGCAUUAAAACUUUGAUGCACUCCUGUUUUACAGAAGUUACGGAAUCAUUAUAUAUCAGAGACAAUGCCUCAAAAAUAGGUCAAGGAAUAUUAUUGUCUUUAACAAUAGGCAGAACUGAAAAAUCACGUUCCCUUAGAUUGAAAGCAGUAGAAGCAGUAAUGGCUUUAUGCCAAGUGGAUGAUGAAGCAGAUAGAUCUGAUAUUAUCCUACAAGAUCAAAUAGCCGAUGUUAUUAUGUUAUUUUUACCUGGCAUUGUUAGUGGCUUACAAGAAAUAGCUAUGGGAUGUGAAAUACAAGGACACAAACUUACAAUGGUAGCACUAAGAGCUUGGGGUAGAAUAAUAUCCCUUGUUAUGAAAGAUAAACUAGAAGAUGAUGCACUAUCAUUAAGUAUUCUCACUCAAGUAAAUAAUGACAAACACACUAAUCAAUUAGAAAGCUCGUAUACGAAAGAUCGUAACGAAAUCGAGAAACAUCUGAAAAGUACAACAAGAACGAAAGAAUGGUUUAACGCUAGUGCAAUUAAGCUUAAUGUACUUAUGCAACAGUUGGAUGUGUUAAAACGGCAUUCUCAUCAUAAAGUUAGAAAGGAAUUAGUCGAAGUCAUUCAUUUGCUGCUUACAACAUGCUCUAGGAAUAUGAAACCAAAUGUUAUGUUAUUAAUAGAGUACCUAAUAUCUCUAUCUGAAGAUGAAUUUACAGAAAUUCGAGAGGAAGCUGAAAAAACACUAAAUCAAAUUAACAUAAGCUACAUGCAAAAUACGAAUAUGAGACCUUUGGUGGAAUUAUUGGAAGAAAACUUUUAUAACUUGCUUACAAGUUUACCUAGGAUUAUCAGGAGAUCUGAUGACAAUGAUCAAUUAUCGUGUUUAAAUCAAAUUGCCGGUUAUUUAAAACUCCUUGGAGAACAGAGAUUGCCUCGGAUUAUGAUGUCUGCGCCACAUAUACGAAGAUUAUUAUUGGCACUUGUUUAUGUAUCUGAGAUAGAUUACAGCAAUAUUUCCUUACUACAAGUAAUAAAUGUCAAGGAUCUUGAAGAUCCAGCAUAUUCAUAUGGAUCACAUUUGUGGAGAAGGUUUAAAUUCAUUCAAAACAAGUCAUGUGAAGAGAAAGUUGUAGCGAUAUGUAAAUAUCUCGGAAAAUUUGGGGAUCUUCGAAUCUUAGUAGAUACCAUUCUUGGACUCAUACUUGAUGUUCCACAACAUAAAAAAGAAUUAUUCUUGUUACUCAACUGGAUUAUACAUGUUCCAGUUAAAGAUCCCUCAUAUUUGUCAAUUUACACGGAAGUUGUAGAGUUUUAUAUAAAUCCAGAAGUAUGGCAUUCAGCAGUUGAAAGUACCAAAGAUGUACCUUUACGUAUUGCUCAAAGCAAUGUAGUGCAAUGUUGCUUAUUGUUAGAAGGCUUGGGAUUAAUAGCUCAAACCUUGGAGCAUGAUUAUGAUAGAUUUCUUCUCAAAACUUUAUAUCUGGUUAUAGAAAGAGCAGGAAGUGGGCAUAGCAUAAUUAGUUUUACCGGAACUCAGACAUUGGAACAUAUCGCGAAAUCCCUGAAAUAUAAUUCAGUGGGAGAUCUACUUCGUGCAAAUGUUGAUUACUUUUCAUAUCAUGUAACUAUAAAAUUGCGUAGGGUGGAACGCAAUCCUGGUGUACUCGAUGUUGUUGGUGUUGUCAUGAAGUAUAGUACAAUGGAUGUGUUGCCUUGCCUUAAAGAAAUCGUAGAAGAUGUACUUUCACAACUGAACAAUAGUUUUCAAACGAAAAACUCCUAUGCUUUUUUAAAAGUGUUUUACACAUUUACAAUUUGUAUAAAAAAAUUAAUAAAUCCUAAACGUGUACCAAUCAUACAAGAACAAAAUGAAACUGUUGAAAAUGAAUCUUCGAAAAUUAUUAAAUCUCUGUUGGAAUAUUAUGAAGCAAGGAAAAUCGAUGAAGAGAUAGAAGAAGAUCCUAGCAUAAAUAUAUCCGAGGAAGAAAAAAUGGAAGCAGGAGAAACUGGGGAUCAAAUAGAUUUCACUGAGCAGGAAGAACAAAAACAAAACGUCCCGUCUUAUAUAAAAAUGAUCGAAGACGUGAUGAAACACUGUUUACAUUUUUUACCAUCCAAGGACAUACAAAAAUCAUUAAUUGCAAUGUCCACAUUACAAGAAGGUCUCGAAAUAUUAGCAGAAUGGGAAAAUCAGUUGUUACCUAUUGUACAUUUGCUUUGGCAUCCAUUAGUAGAUCGAUUUCACGAUGAAAAUGUAUUGAUAAUCAAUCGAGCGUGGCAACUAUUAAACAUUCUCGGUUAUCUCUCGAAAGAUUUUAUCCGAUCGAGAACGCUCAAACAAGUGUUGCCAGCACUUUCAAAGUUCUUGGCUAGUUCUGCUAAAGAAAGUUAUAACAAGAGCUCCGCAAAUAUUUAUAAAUUUACACAGACUUAUAAAUUACAGAAAGAAUUGCUUUCUACAUUAGGUCAAACCACAAAAAAUUUAAAUCUUCUCGAAAGAGAAACAUGGAAUGUUUUGUGUUCUGCAGAGCCCUAUCUCAGUAAAAAUCAGCAUCCCACGUUACAAGCAUGUUGCUUGCAAUUAUAUAAGGAAAUUGCCGAUUAUAAUGGGGACAUUGCCUGGGUGAAAUGCCUUAGCAUUUUUAAUUCAAGAGUAUUAAAAAUUCCUUCUGAUGCAACAUUUGAUAUGCUCCACUUAACGAUGACUGAAAAUAAUUUAACAAGCGAGUACUAUCGAAAUAUACAAAUUAUUAUAAAAUAUAUUCAAGAUAUGGAUUUAUGUCUAUAAAUAUGACAAAAUCCAAAUUUGUUCACUAAAUAAAUAAAAUAAUUAUGAAUGAC